CUCAGGAUGAAACUGUGGCGGAGGUCAGCUUGGCCUUUGCAGGUGGCCUUCCUCGUUGCCUUGGUGAUGCUCAGUGUUGACCCGGUGUCUGCUGGCAACCGUAACCACCGGGGACCGACAGUCUCGUAUCAGGUGAAGCAGGGGACGUGUGAAGUGGUGGCCGUCCAUCGCUGCUGUAAUAAGAACAAGAUUGAGGAGCGCUCUCAAACUGUCAAGUGUUCCUGUUUCCCGGGGCAGGUUGCCGGCACCACCAGAACCAGACCUUCGUGUGUGGAAGCCUCUAUUGUAGUCCAGAAGUGGUGGUGCCAGAUGCAUCCGUGUAUGGAUGGGGAGGAGUGUAAGGUCCUGCCUGACCUGACUGGCUGGUCCUGCAGCACUGGCAACAAAGUCAAAACCACCAAGGUCACACGAUAGCAAGAGAGCCGCUGAGCCAUGAGGAAACCUGAAACUCUCCAUGUGGAAAGGAUGACUCACACAUUUUUACUGUACGAUGGGGAGGAAUAUCAAGGAAAGGACCGCUGUCAGGCCAUCCAUCACAAAACAAUGGGAUAAAAUAUACUCAUCACAAACUAUGUACUCUUGGCUACAUGGAGCCGCACAUAUGGCAUAUACAACAUGCUGUUUAAGACCAAUGGACUACAAUCAUGGACAUCCAGGGUACAAGUGGAUACAGAUGGACUCUUAUUUUCCAGUAAAGGACAAUGUGUGGAUUGAUCACAAACUGGUCGAUUUUAGACACAGAUUAAGUAUUUCAAAGUAUAUAUUUCAACAAAGCAUAUGUGGACGAGUGUGAGAUGUGAGCUAAAAGCUUAGAGUGCUGCUGAAUGCCGUCCAGACCUGUCUCAAUACGUAGAGCUUAUACCGGAGACAGCGCAGAUGAUUUGGCAGAAAUGAAAGCGAUAGCAGCUCAUAACUAGCAAAUAGCAAAUAGGCGUGGAAUUGCUCUUGUGGGUCGAGUCACCACCAUGAAGACUGUUUUGCAGAAGUCAUUUUGCAGUUCUCAUUAGGAAUUGCAGGGUAGGAUCAUAACAACAUAUUAAAAAUUCAUGUAAGAUAUUUGCACUAGUUGAGACCGUUUGGGAAUGUUUUGUUUUUCUAGAUUCCUCCCAUCUUUUGCUGUGGAUGUCACAUGAAAUUGAAGGUGAGCAUUUUGUAAAACAUCAGACGCUUGAAGUAGAUAAAUAUAUACAAAUAUAUAGACAUCACGCCCCAUUUUUUCUGAGUAGUUAUUGGUUAAAAAUGGCUCUGAUGACUGAGCCUCACUUACAUGCAGCCUGAUACAAUAUGAACUAGAGGAGUGUGAUUCAUCCAUCUCAUUUUUGCCCAGAAACCUUUUCCAACUCAGCCUUCAAACGUAUAUAUAUCUUUCAUCUA